GGGGCGGGGCCAGACUGCUGCUUCUCGUGACUGAGCGACGCCACAGGACGGGAGCGCGCCUCAUAUCGGCCAUCUUGCCCGACACAGCGCGUAGUAAUAAUAAUAAGAAUCAUAUUGUUAUAGGCGACUAUAGUCCCGACUGACAACAGUCGCCGUACUGUUCUGUACCUUUGGCCAGAGCUGGCUGUCUAAUGAAGGCCUGGGAAGGGCUGCACAGUGACUGGGAGCUGAGCGGGGACACUGCCGUUCCGGGCUAAUGUAACACGGACACCGUAUAGCCGGACAGAUCUACAUCUAGCGCGUACUGUGCUCACGCAGCACCGGGAACAGUGACAAUACUAUGGACGUGUCUCAAAUUACUUCCAACUAAUAGCUAGAGGGAAUAGUGGUGCUUAUGGGACACCUAAGGAAACACAGAUCAGAGGAACCAGCAAGCUAAAGGCACAAUGAAAAGAGGAAGGAAAGUCAAUGAGGCUGGCAUUAGUUUUUCUAAAGAUAUAGGGGAAGUACCAAAGAAGGCAAAAAAUACUGAAAGUGGACCUCCUGAGAUGUCAAAGAGUCAUGACUGGGGAAACUUGCUUCCAGAUAUUAUUCUACAGAUAUUUCAGUAUUUGCCUCUCUUGGACCGCGCACAUGCUUCUCAAGUAUGCCGUAACUGGAACCAUGUGUUUCAUAUGCCAGACCUGUGGAGAUGCUUUGAAUUUGAACUGAAUCAGCCGGCUACAUCUUAUUUGAAUGCUACACAUCCAGACCUUAUAAAGCAGAUUAUCAAGAGGCACUCAAACCACUUGCAAUAUGUUAGUUUUAAGGUUGAUAGUAGUAAAGAAUCUGCAGAAGCUGCUUGUGAUAUCCUCUCACAGCUUGUCAACUGUUCUCUUAAAACUCUUGGACUUAUUUCUACUGCCAGACCAAGCUUUAUGGACUUGCCAAAGUCACAUUUCAUAUCUGCACUGACUGUGGUGUUUGUAAAUUCAAAAUCGCUCUCCUCCCUUAAAAUUGAUGACACACCAGUUGAUGACCCAUCACUGAAGGUAUUGGUGGCAAACAACAGCGAUACACUGAAGCUUUUAAAAAUGAGCAGUUGUCCCCAUGUUUCUCCAGCAGGCAUCCUUUGUGUGGCUGAUCAGUGUCAUGGGUUACGUGAAUUAGCCCUGAACUACUAUUUGCUAAGUGAUGAGCUGCUAAUUGCAUUAUCUUCAGAGAAACAUGUUAGACUGGAACACCUCCGUAUUGACGUUGUGAGUGAGAAUCCAGGUCAAACCCAGUUCCACACGAUCCAGAAAAGCAGCUGGGAUGCUUUGAUAAAACACUCGCCUAAAGUAAAUUUGGUUAUGUACUUUUUUCUUUAUGAAGAGGAGUUUGAUCCAUUUUUUCGUUAUGAAACACCAGUCACACAUCUGUAUUUUGGCAGAUCAGUAAGCAAAGAGGUGCUUGGCCGUGUUGGCAUGACAUGCCCACGUUUGGUGGAAUUAGUUGUGUGUGCAAAUGGACUUCGGCCUCUGGAUGAAGAGUUGAUCCGCAUAGCUGAGCGCUGCAAGAGUCUAACAGCCAUUGGACUCGGGGAGUGUGAAGUCUCUUGCUCAGCUUUUGUUGAGUUUGUUAAGAUGUGUGGAGGCCGUCUCUCUCAGCUUUCAAUAAUGGAGGAAGUAUUAAUACCUGAUCAGAAAUAUAACUUAGAGCAAAUCCACUGGGAAGUGUCCAAGCAUCUUGGCAGAGUGUGGUUUCCAGACAUGAUGCCCACUUGGUAGACUCUUAAACUUUCUAACUACUUGUUAUAUAAAAGAGCACCUUAGAUCUCCAGUACAUCUGCAUGGAAAGCUAAAUUAAUCAGCAGUUUUAUUUUGUUUUUUUUCCCUUCCUGUUUGUAUGUAGGAGCUAAUUUAUCAAACAAUUCAUAAGAAUCAGGAUCAAGUAGGGACCAUUAAAUAAAUUGUACAUUCUAUAAUGUAUUAAAAAUCUGGUUGUCUAUAACUUGGACCAAACAGGUGUCACUCUCAGUAAAAAAUUUUGUUCUUAAUUGGACAUAAAAGUGUAGUAUAUGUUACAAUAUAAAUUCUGAAUGUAAAAAAACAUAAACAUAAAAUUUAAAGGUGGCAAUACUAAAAUGUAUCUUCCACAACAUAAAGUUGUCAAUACAGCAUAAUACUUUUCUAUUCACAGUACCUCACCUCAACUUUUUGUGUGAUUUAGGCAGUUCUAUGCAGUUCUAAUCUUUAGUCUCCCCCCCCCCACCUUUUUUUUUUUUUUUUUUAAUUAAUUGACUUUUUGUUAAGCAGCUAGAUCCAAUUUACCCUAUCAACCAGGCAGUGGUUUUAAUGAAAGACUAAACAUGAAUAGGUGAAGGCCUAAACAAUAAAGUUAUAGACUCACCAAGAAAUAGUUGUUUCUUGCUGCCAGGAUCAGUGUCCCCCAUUUAAAGAGGAAAAAAAAAA